AGCUCAGAAACGACGGAGAGAAGAAGAGGAGGGAGAAGAAGGCUGAUAUCGCGCCGUCGGACCGACACCGACUACUAGAGAGACGAUAAACAAACUGAGAGUAGAUACAAGUUCGCAAUUGCGGCUGACUGUGGCGGGAUCUUGAUUUGCACGGCGCCGGAGAUCCGAACUUCUUCCUUCUUCCAUUUCCACAUUCUUUCUGGCGAAAAUGGCAUCGAAUGCUUCCCUUAAGCCUGAGAUCGGGCCCGACGGUCUCGCCAGAGAAUCUCCGAUCAUCGCCUACACCGAGAAGGUAAUUGCACAAGAGCAGCUUCAAUUGCACAAAUACAUCGAAGAAAACAGGUCGAUGCUGCUCGGUGUUGAGCGAGAGCUGGCAAAUCUAUCCAUGGAGAUGAAACUAACUGCUGGACCUAAGAAAGCUGGUUGGUCACUGCUGUUCACUGUGAUGAAAUCCCACUUGAUGACUGAAGCACUCGAGCAUCUGAGGAAGAAAAUCGAAAUCUCAAGUGAAAAGAUUCACCAAGCCAAGGUGAAAGAAGAACAAGCACGGAAGGCAUGGGAAGCAGCAGUUCAGGCCUUGAAAGACGAGGAAUCAAUGAAGCAGAAGUUAUGUGAAGACUUGAAUCAACUGGUCCAAGAGAGCAGUUCCUCGCAGUUUACUAGACUUGAGGAAUUAAAAAGACGACUGGAAGCUUUAAAUCCAAACAGAGCAUCUUCUGCUUCGCCUCAUAGUGGACAACCAGUGGGACCAACACAGAACAACGCGGCAACAGGUGCUUCCUCAGUUCCUCCACCAACAGCACCAGGUACUGGCGAGAACACUGGAAACGCAGCAGCGAACCAAGAACAGAACAGCCAAGUCCCUAACGGGUCAAACCAACAGCACCCUGCUUCAGGAGGAGCUAAGAAGAAGGCUCAAGUCCACGGAAAAGGAAGGGGCGUUCUUGGUGCUGUGCCCAAAAGAUCACCUGGCUGGACUGGGGCUGGGUUUGAUGUAGAUGGCAGAAAUUAGAACAGUCCCCCGCCCCACCUACACUCUGGUCAUAUGCCUACUUUUCCCCUCCUAAAUCGACCAAAUUGCUGCUGUGCAGCUUAACAAAGCUGUGACCGGGAAAAGAUCUCAUCAGUGUCAUCACGAAAUUAAGCUACUCGAGUGCAGGCUAGCCAUUUGGUUCACCGUAGUAUUGAAGGACUCAAGCUCUCUGUAAAUUCUAGGAUCCCAGAACUCGGUUCAGUUCCCUAAUUUCACCUGGUUACUAUUCCUUCCGAGCGGGGAUUCGUUGUACAAGUACAUUCUCGACAUGUAGUUCUAUUUCAUCCAGUCAGAAAAUCCAUUAUGUUCAACGUGAACUGUGUAUAAGUUUGGCCAAACUGUGGCAUAAUAUUUCGUGGCAAUACUCAUCACAGUACAUGCACAGAUUCUCUCCUCCUUUCUUAACCAACUGACCCGGACAGGAUUCCCCAGGUGCCAAUUGAGACGGGAUCAUCUGAGAAGAUGAGAAAGUGGCACAAUCGAAGGAGAGACUUCCAUCAUCUGAACCCACAGCAUGGUGAGAUCGGGGGAUUCCCCGGCUUUUCUGAGUUGCUACUUGCUACAAUCAUUUGCAUUUGAAUGAAUGGAAGAAGAAAAAAUGGUACUUUACUUCUCUACCUUUUAUCAUACUUUGAUUGACAAUACACAGGCAGAGUCUCUGAAAUGCUUCGCCUUUUUUCUUCUUCCGUAAAAAGGAAAAAGCUUUACCUUAGCCCUUAGCCACUAUCUGGCGGGUCCUUUUUUCUUUUUAGAUUCUAGCCAGAGUCAGUUAGUUCAUAGACUGCUACUGCAUUAUUGAGCUGCUCGCUCACAUGGUGGCCAAGCGUUGAAGGCUGUGUGAGUUAGUAAUGCUUUAUAUGGAAAUGGAAUAACCGAAUGGUAGUGUACUGCGGUGAAGUGAGUAACUAGUAAUGUUCCUGAAAAAAGUGACGAAAAUCGUCACAGAGGUAUUAGGCUCCACUGAUUCUGCAGAAUGUGGCGUGCAACAAUCCUCUUGAAAUUACGUGUGCCCUGUUUUCAAUUUU